UCUAGCAAUCCUAAAAUGGCUGCGCCCAUUAUACGUGUACUGUCAAUAUGUACUAUUUUAGGUAUCAUCACGGAUUGCAGACGAAUAAAUCAAUCAGAUAUGGCGCACUAUAAACAGAAGGUAACAGAAAUGUUUCACCAUGCAUAUGAUGGUUAUAUUCAAUACGCAUACCCUUAUGAUGAACUGCGCCCUUUGACCUGUGAUGGGCAUGACACCUGGGGCAGUUAUUCCCUGACUUUGAUAGAUGCAUUUGACAUGCUUGUGAUAAUGGGAAACAACACAGAAUUUCAGAGGGUGGCAGACAUUGUUAUUGACAAAAUGAACUUUGAUAAUGACAUCAACGUGUCUGUCUUUGAGACAAAUAUUAGAGUUGUGGGAGGUCUUCUGUCUGCCCACCUGUUCUCCAAGCAGGGUGGUCUACCCUUGGAGCCAGGCUGGCCCUGCUCCGGGCCCUUGUUGAGGAUGGCAGAAGAUGUCGCUCGGAGACUAUUGCCUGCAUUUGACACACCAACCGGCAUGCCCUAUGGUACAGUGAAUCUCAAGUAUGGAGUCCCAAAAGGGGAGACCACUAUAACAUGCACUGCUGGGGUCGGCACAUUUGUCGUGGAGUUUGGGGCCUUGAGUCGUCUGACUGGUGACCCAAUCUUUGAGAAGGUUGCCAUGAGAGCCAUGCACAGUCUUUGGAGAGCGAGGUCACCACUUGACCUGGUGGGGAACCAUAUUGAUGUUUCCACUGGCCAGUGGACAGCUCUGGAUGCAGGCAUUGGUGGUGGCGUUGACUCCUACUUUGAAUAUCUCGUAAAAGGCUCCAUCAUGUUUUCAAACACAGAGCUAUUAGAAAUGUUCAACACUUACCAGAGUGCAGUAGAGACAUACUUGAAGAAAGAUGACUGGUAUAUGUGGGCUCACAUGACAAAGGGCUCAGUCAGUCUGCCUAUAUUUACCUCCCUUGACUGCUACUGGCCUGGCAUUCAGGCCAUGUUAGGUGACAUAGACAAAGCAAUGAAGACCAUUCACAAUUUCCACCAAGUUUGGAAGCAGUUUGGUUUCCUUCCUGAGUUCUACAAUAUUGUAAAGAAUGAACCUCAUGCUGGAAGGGAAGGCUACCCUCUCCGACCAGAACUCAUUGAGGCAACCAUGUACCUAUACCAGGCCACCAAGGACCCAUACCUGCUCCAGAUUGGUGUAGACAUGAUCCAGUCCAUUGAGCACACCACCAGAACCAGCUGUGGGUACGCUACUGUAAAGGAUGUAAGCACCCAUGAGUUAGAGAACCGCAUGGAGAGCUUCUUCCUUGCUGAAACGGUUAAGUACCUGUAUCUGCUUUUUGACGAGGACAACUUCAUCCAUAACACAGGAGACCAUGGCACAGUCAUUGAUACACCCAAUGGAAAGUGUGUUAUAGACACAGGAAGCUACAUUUUUAACACAGAGGCUCAUCCUAUAGAUACAGCAGCUAUGUAUUGCUGCAGUGCCGAGAAAAAAGAGCAUGACCUUGAACUUCAAGAAUUCCAAGAUAACCUUGACCUUUUGACCUUGUUUGACCUCAAUGAUAAAGAUGUCACCUCUGAAGGUGUGCGAUGGAGUGUGUAUAAAAAGAAGAAUGUAACAGAAUCUAAGGAAAGGGACAUUGCAAAUCAGAUUGAUGACCUACAAGAGCAAGUAAGAAGAUUUCAGGUUCAGUCUGAGGGGGAACAUCAACGAAUUGUGUCCAUCAAGGGGCAGACAUUUACACAGAAACAACACUCCAAAAAGGAUACUAAGGUUGUGACAAUUGAUGCUAAACAUAUUCCGGCUCAGACAAGUAGUGUAUCUGUUGAGGAAAAGUCAAAAGAGGAUUCCACUACACAAGAUUCAGGCUCAUUAGAAAAGCAUGAAGUUAAAGCUGAACAGCAAAAGGUUAAGAUAAAAAUAGCUAUGAGUGGCGAUGAUAAAAAAAAGAGUACUAUAGAAGUCUGUAAAACAGAUGGAUCUUGUGAAAAAGUUACCAGUGGUGACAGCGGAGAUAUUGAUGCAAAUGCUGAAAUUGAUGAAACGCUCGAAGAUCAACAUAUAGACAAAAGUCGGAACGCAAAAGACAGUGUGAAGCUAAAUGUCGAAAUUCCAUCUGCAGCAGGUGGCCCAAGUGUCUCAGAAACUACAAAUCAACAGUUUCAUACAAUCAGAUAUGAGACAUCGCCCGCUAGGUCCACUACUAGUAGCAAUAAGUUCAAUGACGUUUUGAAACUCAUCAAGUCUUUCACUGAUGACUACUUAGCCAGCUCUGGCGUUAAAAGUGUGAAAACUCUUCACGAGAAAAUGAAGUAUUACAGUUUGUUCCACAGAGAAAAACCAGAGAUGAUGGUGUGCGAUGCUCAGCCAUUUUACAUGAGAUUUUCAUUAAUGGGUGAAAUGUUUUUGACAGAGAAUUAAGCUAUUUCAAAAUAUUACUUCUUUAUCAUUUUUCAUUUAUCAUGACAUAAUACAGAGAUCCAGUUAGUAUUUAUUUGCUAAAAUAUUGUUGUUU